UCAAUUUAAUAUGGCUUCUUGUAUGGAAUCUUCACUCAAAUAUAUUUCUUAAUAAUUAAAAUUAUGUUUUGAUUAAAGUACUACGCAAUCAUUGAUUGCAAUGUUUAACAAGCAAUAUAUCUGGUUUUCAAGGGAAUGGAUAAACAUUUUGAGCUCUUGCAAAGAUAUUCUUACUGUUUACUGAUUCCAGUUUCUUUUUUUCUUUUGCCGUUUUUCUUGUAAAGCAGUAAAUUGUAAAUUCGUCAAUGGAGGAUGCGAUUGGAGCACGGCUGUAUAGCUGCUAUAGGUGCCGGAACCUGGUGUCUCGUCAUGAUGAUAUUAUCUCAAAGGGUUUUCAGGCAAGCAAUGGCAGAGCCUUUCUCUUCUCCCAUGCAAUGAACAUUAUUUUAGGGCGUAAAGAGGAUCGGCAGCUGAUUACCGGGCUCCACACCGUUGCUGAUAUCUACUGCUCCGAUUGCGGGGAGUUGCUAGGUUGGAAGUACGAGAGGGCUUAUGAAGAAUCGCAGAAGUACAAAGAAGGGAAAUUUGUAAUAGAGAAAUUCAAGAUUGUCAAGGAGAACUAGUAGCCAUUCAUUUUCAUAAUGAAUUAUAAAAAGUCUCGGCCGGUACCGGCCAAAGGAAGAAAAUGAAUCCAUUUAAAAUUGAUUGUUUGGUGUCAUUAUUAUUGUGUACAGAAUUUGAUCAUAGACCUUAUGACAAUUGUAAAUAAUGGUAUCUUUAAGCAACUUCUGAAAUUGUGCGUUUGUGAUAUGAAAUUGGAAAACCAAACCCAUGAUGUCAACCGCUUUAGCUCAAAGGAACUUGAAAAGGACUGAGAGGAAAACUCUAAUGGCUUGGUAUGCAAAUGAUUGUCCUUUUGAAUAAUUUCCAGGCAGUUUCCUGUGAAGUUCCUUGUAGUCUCUGUGGCUUGAAAGAUUAUCACAUGUUAUUAGUA